GGUGCACGCAUUUCGCGUCUCGCCACUGAUCUGCUGCAGUAUCAGACUCUCUCUCUCUCUCUCUCUCUCGCUUUAUAUUAUAUGCUUUUCCUAUAACAACACGGGGAUGAAUCAUCGCGGGUAAGCAACGUUGCCAUAUUUUCCCUGUAAACCGUCUGUCCACCACCACAAUACAGUCUGUUUGUGUAUAUCGUGCGUCCGCAAGUGCAGCAUCUAGACGUCAAAACAUAUAAAUACGGAUCGUACGAAAUGUGACGUCAAAAAUUGCUCUUCACGCGCUUUCUACUAAACACACAACACAAUGACACGCAGUAAAAUGGAUGCGCGCAUCGCGCACGAAGACGUUUAUUAUUUUUUUCACCAGUGUAAAAAUUAGAAAGAAAAACAACAAACAAGUGCGUGCAUAAUUCUUGGUAUAUUUCUUCGUCUCUGUGCAGUCUGCGUUUCGCAACCGAAUAGAAGUGUUGUGCCGUGCUCCGAACGCGUGAGCAAGUUUGCUUGGGGGAUAGUAUAUAGUAGAAAAGAGAGAGGGACGCCAAGGCGCCAAUAGCGGAGUGAAUCAGUCGAACAACGACACUGUGCAGCUAAACAACAAAGAAAUCAGCAGCAGCAGCAGCAGCCAGCAGUAGGCGCUUUGAGCGCGCCUCCUCGCACACGCACUCAUCGCGCAGCUCAUCAAAAACUACCUGUAUAAUAUUUCGUUAUCAUCGUUCUGUCGCUGCUCCGAAUCAUCACAUUAAAGAGCCUUUCUUGACUUUGUGUGCCGCACGCGCCACCGCCGUCACUGCCGACCCUGCAUUUAUUUUCUUUGUGAUAUUAUUUAUAACAAAAAAACGCAUCAGUCAGAUACGUUAAUCCUUUGUGUUCAUUGUGUGCACGUCUCGCGCUGCUCAUAUUUUCCCUCAAGAUUCUCUCUGGCUUACGUGUAGCAUGAGAGAUGGAGCAGAAGGAUCGCCAGAAGAUCGAUCACCUGUGCAGUCAGCUGUUGCAGGACCUUGACAUUUGCAAACUCUGGCCGAAACUUUUGGAAAACAAAGUUUACAACAGAGAUGAUGUCAAUAUUCCACAUUGGCUGAAAAGUUUAUCUGAUGCAGCAACAAUUUUAGAUAUAUGCUCCACCAUUAAAACUAGAGGUCCUCAUGCAUACAGCAAUCUUAUUACAAGCUUAAAAGAGUCUGGCCAUCAGAAUGUAGCUGAGAAGUUGGAAAAUUAUUCACUCUCUCCCAAUAACAUCAACUACAGUAAUAACAAUCUUAAAGAAAAUCUUAAAGAAAAUAAGUUGGAAAUACCAGCUUUAAAAAUUGUACCAACUCAAAAUUCAAACUUUAUAGAACAUUCCAAGGAUGACUUUCAUUUCAAACUAGAUGAAUCAUUGGAACCAUUAAUUAUCAAAGUAAAAAAGGCAGAAAUUUUUAGAGAUGGACCAGAAUAUGAUCAUAUUGAAAAAUAUCCCAUGAGAAGUGAUCCUAGAGGAUAUGUAUUAAUUAUUACAAACAUUGAAUAUGAUGUUUUGGAUCACAGACCCGGGGCCAAGUAUGAUAAAGAUAAUAUAAAAGAACUUUUUGAGCAGAUGGGUUUUAAAGUUAUAACACAUACAGACUUGACUGGACGGGCAAUUAAAGCAAAAGUAAAAGAAUUUGCUCAUAUGAAAGAAUUGAGAAAAGUGGAUUCAGCUUUCAUAGUGAUUUCUUCACAUGGAUUUGGGGAAAGAGGCAAGCAACAAACAGAAAUCAGAGGAAUAGAUUUUAAACUUACAGAUUACGAUCCAGUAUUUUGUACAGAUAUAAUUGAUUAUUUUACCACAGAAAAUUGUCCCUACUUGAGUGGUAAACCGAAAACAUUCAUAUUUCAAACAUGCAGAGGUAAUCUUCAUCAAAAAUCAGUUCCUCGAAACGCCACAGACUCUGGGAUAACUGUUUUUGAAGAUACAGAUACUCCAUAUGAAUUUUCAUCCCGCAAUUAUGAAGAUACUCUUAUUGCUUAUGCAACCUUACCAGGACAUGUUGCUUAUCGAGAUAAAUACAAUGGAAGUUGGUUCCUUCAAAUUUUAUGUGAAGUAUUCAUGAAUUAUGCCCAUGAAUUACAUCUUCAUGAUUUAUUUCUCAAGACUGACAGUAAAUUGAAAGACUUCAGAGCCAACCACAACAAGUGCCAAACACUGUGGAUUGUAAACCAAGGUUUUCACAAGCACUGCUACCUGAACCCUGGACUUUUUAAGAAGAAAAACGAAUCAACCAAAUAUUCGACUGCAACGCGACUGACUUACUCACAGACUCUCAGUUUCUGCUGGCCAGAUAUCUGGCUAAUCUGGCAACAGAGCAUGAGAUGGCCAACCUCUGUGAUACAUAAACGUAUUUACACAGGCCAUCAACAGACACCAGUUGCUUUGGUUUUAGUUAUACGUCUAUGUUUGAUUUUAGGAAAAUAUUUCAAAAUGGAGCAAAUCAAUUUAGUUGAAUCUCUGCAGAGUUUGGAAAUUAAUGUUAUUGAACGACCAGAAACACCAUCAACAGAAAAUUCUGAUUGCAACUCUCUUAAUAGCUCAGAAGAGGGUUCAUCAAGAGAAGAUAACUUUCAUGAAAAAAUACAAACGGUCAAAGAUCCUCUCAUUAUAAAUGUGAAAAAAGCUACAAAAUUCAGAGACAGACCAGAAAUAAAUCAUCUUGGAGUUUAUCCAAUGAGAAGUAAUCCGAGAGGGCUUGUACUUAUUAUAGCUAAUAAUUGUUAUACAGAAGAAAAAGACAGCAGACCAAGUGCAGAACAUGAUGAAACUAAUCUAAGAAAGCUUUUCACAGAUAUGGGGUUUAAAGUAAUUACCCAUUUUGACUUGACAGGAGAGGAUAUUUUGAAUAAAGUACAAGAAUUUUCUAAACUGCCUGAACUUAGACGAGUCGACUCUGCAUUUGUCAUAAUUUCUUCUCAUGGAAGUGGUCAAAUAGGCCAUCAAGAGACUGAAAUUUUAGGAAUUGAUUACAGUUCAAAUGAUUACAAAAGAGUUGUAUGCACAAAUAUUAUGAAUUAUUUUACUUCUGAAAAUUGUGUGAACUUGACAGGAAAACCUAAAAUUUUCAUCUUCCAAACUUGCAGAGGUAAAAACGUACAGGUUGCAAUUCCUAGAUGCAAAACAGAUGCAGCUACUACUCCAAAACGUCAAACUGCAAAUAGAUAUGUACAUUCUUCAGAAUCAUUAAGAAACUAUGAGGAUAUGUUGAUAGUUUACUCAACAAUACCUGGAUAUGUAUCAUACAGAGAUGAAUAUAAUGGAAGCUGGUUCAUCCAAAUAUUGUGUGAAGUUUUCAUGAAUUAUGCCUAUAAAAUUCAUGUACAAGAAUUAUUCAAUAUGAUCGAUUUGCGUCUGAAGACUGUACGUACUUUUAAAGAUAAUUGCCAAACUCCAUCUGUUACAUCUCAAGGAUUCAAUAAAUAUUGUUUUUUGAAUCCUGGAUUAUUUGACGAUAAGAAACAUUUUAAUGGAGAUACAAGCAAAAUGGAUAUCACAUUCAAAUGCUGUCCUCAUAGGAAAGCAAAUAUACAUGUUUGUUUUGAAUGUGAAUCUGUGUACCAUAAGAAAUGUGCUCAAAGAAUUGGAAGCAUUACAACUACUGGUAAAGUCAAAGCUCUUUGUUGCUCAGCAAAUCUCCAAGCCCAUAGCAAUGAAGUAGAUAAUAGAUCUUUCAAUGAAACUGUUGAUGAGCUUAAAAAAGUAUUAGCUGAAUUGAAAACAGAAAAGGAGAUUUUAAAGCAACAAAUGCCUAAUAUCAGAAAUAGAGAUGAUAAUUUAAUUUAUACUGAAGCCAAUUCUAAACCAGAAAUUUUGAAAGAAAAUGAGCAUCUGAAACAAAAAGUCCAACAACUGACAGAGAGAAAUAAUGAAUUGUUAACAGAAAAACUUGAUAAGAAAAAAAAGAAAUGUCAUUGGGUCAAAAGAAAAUUUGGUAGAGUAUUAAAAAGAAAACGGAUAAGAACUUCAAAUGUAGUUGAACCACAAGAUAUUUGAGAAUCACGAUGUUGCAAUAUAAAAUUGAUUUAUAUUUAUAUAAAUUUAUUAUAUUAAUCAUAAUCUAUAAGAUUAUGAUAUUCAUAUAAAUUUAUAUUGGUCAUAUUCUAUAAGAUUAUGAUGUUCAAAAGUCUUCCAAGUGCCUCAGACAAAUGAAAUUUUUCAUCAUUUAUUGUUAUCAUCAUUUGACUGAAGAAUAAGAUUUUAUGUAAUCCGCUUUUAAUAAGUCAAUUGUAAUACAGUGAAUUAUCUGUGAUAAUGAAGCAUUUGACAUUCAUAAAAAUAGUGGUACUGCCAAAUAUGGCAAAUAUGUCCAUGGAAGUAAGUACUUUAAAUAAUUAAUUUUUUGAAAGUACUAGCAAUAAUUUACAUCAAAUGUCUCUCUAUACAAGAUAAUUAAAAUUAGUGGACGCUUCUAUAAAUAUAAUUAUUCAUUAAGUUUUAUUAGAUCCAACUGCAAUUGUAAAGCGCAGAAUGCCAAUUUUUACAUUUAAUUUUAAUUUGAAAAUUUGUUGAUCUCAAAGAGCACAAUAUCAGUUAUAUGAAAUAUUUUGUUUUAUACUCAACCUUUGCAUUUAUCAGCAUUUAAAUUUUAUACAAGAGUCUAUUUACAUAGUGUAAUAAGAUACCUAUGUACAAUAUAGAGUAGUUAAUUUUUUAAGGAAAUAUAUAAUAGCGAAUGUAGCUGUAGUAGUGAUGCAAUCUUUACCUAUUUUACAACAAAUGGCGAUUGCCUUUGUUUUAGAUUAAAUAUUUUGUUAUAAAACAUAAACAUAAUCAAAUAUAAACUUGUACAACUAAAAAUGAAAUUAAAAAUUCAUUUUAUUAAUCCAAAAAGUUCGUUUUAUUAGAUAAGGAAUGGAAAAAAAUAAAUUGGUCAUUUCUAAAA